GGGGCCUCUGGGAAAUACAAUCCGGAGUAGGACCGCGCCGAGAAGAUGGCGCCUGCUUUUUCGGGUUCUUGCAGCUGCACAGCUCGGGGACAUCCCUGCUCCGCACUCCGAACCGCUACCCCGCGUCUCCGUGAUCCAGACACAGGCUCAGAGUGAAACUGCCGUAGGACGCUGGCCCUGCACGCUGAAGACAAUCUUCCUCCAUGGUACCGGCCAACCCCAGGGAGUUCCCUGAGAAACAGGAAAAGGUCGCCAGCUUCGGGCCAGAAGUUGAUUAGAGCCGCAAGGAUUUUUGGGAACUGUAGUCUAGAGCAGGAAGGGGUGAGGCGCUGGGGCAAGUGGAAGGAGGUUGCUUAAAUGACUUUCUGCCCCAAGCCGACCCACAGUGCAGAACGCACCCAGGACACCGGACUCUACUAGGCGUUAUAACCCUCUCUGAGAAUGCUAGACUGACUAAAUCGUCAUUUUUGCCUUCAUCCGUGGAUGAGCCACAUACUGUAUGACUGCAUUUAUAUGAAAUAUUUAAAAUAGUCAAAUCUACGGAAAAGGAGUUCUUGGGUGUCUCUGGGGAGUCCCUGGGCCAGACCUUCCUCCAGACUCCAGCCCACCUCUUCGGAGCAGCUCUGCUGAGUUCACAGAUGACCACUAAACUUCAGGCACCCUAGACAAAAAGGGUUGAGAUCCAGUGUGGCCAUGCCAGCUAGUUGGACCUCACCCCAGAAAUCCUCAGCCCUGGCUCCAGAGGAUCAUGGCAGCUCCUAUGAGGGAUCAGUGUCCUUCAGGGAUGUGGCUAUCGAUUUCAGCAGAGAGGAAUGGCAGCACCUGGACCUUUCUCAGAGAAACCUGUACCGGGAUGUGAUGCUGGAGACCUACAGCCACCUGCUCUCAGUAGGAGAGAAAUUAUGGGACCAUAAUCAACAUAGAAAAAUCAUCGGUUAUAAACCAGCUUCCUCUCAAGAUCAAAAAAUUUAUUCUGGGGAAAACUCCUAUGAGUGUGCUGAAUUUGGAAAGAGCUUCACCUGGAAGUCACAGUUCAAGGUACAUCUGAAAGUUCCUACAGGAGAAAAACUCUAUGUAUGUAUUGAAUGUGGGAGGGCUUUUGUACAGAAGCCAGAAUUCAUCACACAUCAGAAAACCCAUAUGAGAGAGAAGCCCUAUAAGUGCAAUGAAUGUGGAAAAUCCUUUUUUCAAGUAUCGUCUCUUUUCAGGCAUCACAGAAUUCAUACCGGAGAAAAACUAUAUGAAUGUAGUGAAUGUGGGAAAGGUUUCCCUUAUAACUCAGAUCUCAGUAUACAUGAGAAAAUUCAUACUGGAGAGAGACACCAUGAAUGCACUGACUGUGGCAAAGCAUUCACACAAAAGUCCACACUCAAGAUUCAUCAGAAAAUCCAUACAGGCGAGAGAUCCUACAUCUGUAUUGAAUGCGGACAGGCCUUCAUCCAGAAAACACAAUUGAUUGCACACCGAAGAAUUCAUAGUGGAGAAAAACCAUAUGAAUGCAAUAACUGUGGCAAAUCCUUCAUUUCCAAGUCACAACUUCAGGUACAUCAACGUGUUCACACAAGAGUGAAGCCCUAUAUAUGUACCAAAUAUGAGAAGGUCUUCAGCAAUAAUUCCAACCUCAUUACACAUGAGAAGAUUCAAAGUAGAGAGAAAUCUUCCAUAUGUACUGAGUGUGGGAAGGCCUUUACCUACAGGUCAGAGUUGAUUAUUCAUCAGAGAAUUCACACUGGAGAGAAACCUUAUGAAUGCAGUGAGUGUGGAAAAGCCUUCACUCAGAAGUCAACACUCACAGUGCAUCAGAGAAUUCAUACAGGAGAAAAAUCGUAUGUAUGUAUGAAAUGUGGACUGGCCUUCAUCCGGAAGGCACACUUGGUUACACAUCAAAUAAUUCAUACUGGAGAGAAACCUUAUAAAUGUGGUCACUGUGGGAAAUUGUUUACUUCCAAGUCGCAACUCCAUGUUCAUAAACGAAUUCACACAGGAGAAAAGCCCUAUGUAUGCAAUAAAUGUGGGAAGGCAUUCACCAACCGGUCAAAUCUCAUUACACAUCAGAAAACUCAUACAGGAGAGAAAUCUUAUAUAUGUUCCAAAUGUGGAAAGGCCUUCACCCAGAGGUCAGACUUGAUUACACAUCAGAGAAUCCAUACUGGGGAGAAGCCUUAUGAAUGCAAUACUUGUGGAAAAGCCUUUACUCAGAAGUCAAAUCUUAAUAUACAUCAGAAAAUUCACACUGGAGAGAGACAGUAUGAAUGCCAUGAAUGUGGGAAAGCCUUCAACCAGAAAUCAAUACUCAUUGUUCAUCAGAAAAUUCAUACAGGAGAGAAACCCUAUGUAUGCACUGAGUGUGGAAGAGCUUUCAUCCGCAAGUCAAACUUUAUUACUCAUCAAAGAAUUCAUACUGGAGAGAAGCCUUAUGAAUGCAGUGACUGUGGGAAGUCCUUUACCUCCAAGUCUCAGCUCCUGGUGCAUCAGCCAGUUCACACAGGAGAGAAACCCUAUGUGUGUGCCGAGUGCGGGAAGGCCUUUAGUGGCAGGUCAAAUCUCAGUAAGCACCAGAAAACUCAUACCGGAGAAAAGCCCUACAUUUGUUCUGAAUGUGGGAAGACCUUUCGACAGAAGUCAGAGUUGAUUACACAUCACAGAAUUCAUACUGGAGAGAAACCGUAUGAGUGCAGUGACUGUGGGAAGUCUUUCACUAAAAAAUCACAGCUCCAAGUGCAUCAACGAAUUCACACUGGAGAGAAGCCUUACGUGUGUGCUGAGUGUGGGAAGGCCUUUAGCAACAGGUCAAAUUUGAAUAAACAUCAGACAACACACACUGGAGACAAACCCUACAAGUGUGGCAUCUGUGGGAAAGGCUUCGUUCAGAAAUCAGUGUUCAGUGUCCAUCAGAGCAGCCACGCUUGAGAGAAACAGUGUGAGAAAACCCCACUGAGGGUUGGGUCUGAUUGUACACUGUUGCAUGCAUGCAGCAGAAAAAUAUGUAUAUUAUUGUAAAUAGAAAUGACCACAUCAGAAUGUCACACAUGGCUGUUCUGGAGAGGGCCUCUGAGAAGGCACUGAAUGAGGCGAGGGACCCUUCCUACAUUGUCACCAUCCCCAGUAAACCUUGGGUCAUUAUUCAUACUGACAAGGAACCGAGUCAAUUUGGUGAAUAGGAAAAGCCUUCUCAUGAAAACUACAAUAGAAUACUGUUACCUAAUUCUUCAUAAGAAAGAUCAUAUUAUGGGAAUGAUAAUCCUGUUUACUGUGGAUUAGGUAUAGUGCCGACAGUUUGAAUGGUAAGACAACAUAAUAUAUAUGAUAGUGAUGAAUCCUUCUGUGAGUUGUUUGUUCCAGAACACACUGUCUAGUAGAAUUGUGGGUGUUUUCUUCUUUUGAAUCGAACACAGUUGUGUAUAUCCAAUUCCCCACUGAGUAUUUCUAUCAAGCAAGAGAUACUGCAAUAAGACAAACUCCCUGUGUAUUCAGACACAGACCUCAGAGUGUAUGUUGAGUCCCCAUUGUCAUAAAAAAAGACUUGCAGCCCCCUUCAUUAUCUGCCAGGACUCUCUGAGCCCCACAGGUUCUCAGCACAUUGUGUUUGACACCCAGCACAGUGUUUUUUCUUUCUUUCUUUCUUUCUUUCUUUCUUUCUUUCUUUCUUUCUUUCUUUCUUUCUUUCUUUCUUUCUUUCUUUUUUUGAGACAGAGUCUUGCUCUGUCGGGCAAGCUGGAGUGCAGUGGUGCUAUCUUGGCUCACUGCAACCUCCGUCUCCCGAGCUCAAGCAAUUCUCCUGCCUCAGCCGCCCGAGUAGCUGGGAUUGCGUGUGCCACCACGCCCAGCUAAUUUUUGUAUUUUUAGUAGAAACGGGGGUUUCACCAUGCUGGCCAGGCUGGUCUCGAACUGCUGACCUCAUGAUCCGCCCGCCUCGGCCUCCCAAAGUCCUGGGAUUACAGACGUGAGCCACUGCGCUCGGCCCAGCACAGUGUUUUGUACACUCCCACCACCCUCAAGAAAACCUCUGAGGUUAGGAUUUUCAGGUCAUCUGGGAGAACUUAAAUUCUUCCUUCUGCUAUUACAAUUCUUCUCACUCAGUUGCCUGCCUCUUUUUUUUUUUCAAUUUACUUGUCACUGAGUUGAAGCCCAGCAUUUUGCUUUCCUUAAUGAUCUGACUUUCAUAAGUUGAUAACUCAUGAAAUCAUUAUCUUACAUUAUAUGAGAUAUGAGAUAAAUCAUAAAUCAUAUGAAAUUGAUAACUCAUAUGAAAACCAACCCCACCAUAUGUUCACUGUCUACUUGUGUCCAUGUUCAUCCCACGCACCCCACAAGGACCUUCCCUGCCAUGUGCCUCAAACAUCAGUUCAGUUCCUGACUCAGGGCCUUUGUAUUUGCAGUGCCCGUUGCAAAGAGCACAAUUCUUUAUUUUAUCUGUGGCUUGUCCGUCAUGUCUUUUUUUCCAGGACACCUCCACACAGUCCUUCCCUGCCUGCCUGGUUUAAAAUUCCAGCCCCUUACCCUUCCUCCUUUAUUCUUCUCCCUAGCACUUUCCACCAUGCUGCCUGGUAUAUUUUCCUCAUUUCUCUGUGGCUUCUACACUAGAAAAUAUUUCCCUUUUGUUCACCACUAUGAGUCUAGACCCAUGACUGCCAUACAGCAGGCAUUCCAUAAAUGCACCUGUGGAGAGUUGACCCAUGCUUGUUGCGUGACUUCUGUCUGAUUUUUUUCUGUGUUGCAGCAUAAGAAGCACUAAUUGAGAGAACCAACUUGCCUAAAACACACCAGGCUUUUUCACCUCUAGUCUGUACCUGGGCUGUAUCCCUUCUCAACCCUAAAGCUAAAAAGUCAUUGUGAACCUUUUGGUCUGAUGCUAAAGAAGGAAAACAGGUAUAGGAAAUCCCAUGUGGAUGCUUGCUUCCAGGAUUCCCUGCCAUGAUUCCAGAAUCCCACAGCUCCAACAUGGUUGCAAAAGACUCCCUGCUCAUUUUUCCUCAGCAUGCACAGCGCUGCCCUGUCUCAGUUGCAACUCGACAGAGCCCCAUUUACUCCAGAACCCAAUCCACACACCUGCUCAUCCUGCCCCGAGAGGAGUGCCUGAAGCCAAUAGCAGGGAACUAGAGCAGACAUGGGUGGAUCUUCAUUGGAUAUUAGGUAUCUUGCCCUAGAUAGGCAGCAGUGGCCUUACAGAUGCUGACAGAUGAUCUGAUUAGAUGCACAGUUGCUGGGUGGCGUCUGGGGCCAGUCUAUUGGCAGUUCUGGGAGUGGGAAAUAUUUGGGCUCUGCAAAGAUGGUUUCACCUUUAAGAAGGGCAGUACGGGGAGGUGAAGAUGGGGCCCAAAGGAUAGAACAUAGUCAAAGAAGCAGGGCCACAAUGCCCCUUUAAUUCCCAAGCCCUAGUUGGGCAGUGCUUGGUGACACAUCCCAUUACCUCACCUUAGAUCAAUGUCUACUGAGCCAUCAUUAGCUCUGCUUCCUCACUUCUUCACAGUAUCUGAUGGCCCAUCACAUGCUGCUCAACAUCUUAGACCAAUGUCUGCUCACCCAUUACCUCCCUUCACCUCAUCCAGCACUGUAUCUGAAGCUUCACUAUUCUUCCUUCAGUUUUGGAUAUUUUGUGAUACAACAUUAUCCCCAACUUAGGACAAUGUCGGCUGACCCUCAGGAGGGUGCCUGGAGAUCACCUCUUCCUUCCUAACAUACCCUAGAACAAGGUCUGGUCCCCUUCAUUAUUCCCAUUUUACCUUACUCCUAAGUGUAUCACUCCUCAUGAAUUCCAGGAAAUAUGGAGGAAAACACAUUUCACUGUACAUGACUUUCAAUAAUUUCUCCUUUAUAUUUAUUGUAACGUGAUAUUUUAGUGCCGACAUAUAUAUGUAUAUGUAUGCCCAUUUAUAUAAAAGACUAGUUUUUAGAGAAAUUUUAGGUUCACAGCAAAAUGGGGCAGAAGGUACAGAGAUUUCCCAUAUAUCCCCUACCCUCACAUAUACACAGCCUCCCCCAUCAUCAACAUCCCCCUUCAGAGUGGUACAUUUGUUACAGUUGAUGAAACUACAUUGACACUAUCGGCUAAAGUCCAUGGUUUAAUUAGGGUUCAGUCUUGAUGUGCAUUCUGUGGGUUGAGACAAAUGAAUAAUGACAUGUAUGCAUUAUUACAGAAGGAUAAAGAGCAGUUUCACUGUCCCAAUAAUCCUCUGUGUUUCGCCUACUCCUCUAAACUCCUGGCUAUUUUCUUUUGUCUCCAUAAUUUUGCCUCUGAACCAUAAAGUAUGCAGCCUUUUCAGAUUGAUUUGUUUCACUUAGUAAUGUGGAUUUAAGUUUCUUCCAUGUCUUUUCGUAGCUUGCUAGCUCUUUUUUUUUUUCGCAUUGAAUAAUAUGCUAUUGUCUGGAAGUACCAUCACUUAUUUAUCCAUUCACCUACUGAAGGACACCUUAAUUGCUUCCAAGUUUUGUUGAUUAUGAAUAAAGAUGCUAUAAACA